AUGGAUCCAAUAGAGUCAAAGAAGGAUGUGUUCAUGGAUCCAAUAGAGUCAGAGAAGGAUGUGUUCGGUGCUAACAACAUUGUGAAGAAAGAUAUCAAUGACUGGCUUCCCAUCACCAAGUCCAGGAAUGCAAAGUGGUGUGAGGCUGCAGAGUCUGAAAAGGCGAAGAGUGCGAUUUUGAAGGAGUUAGAAGGAGAGGGAGAAGGGAAAGAAAGGAAAGGAGAGGAAUUAGGAGUUGGAGUUCUGGUUCCGGUUGUGAGGUUGAAGCUUGGUGAGGUUGCGGAGGCGAGUAGGGUUGUGGUUUUACCUGUUUGUAGAGCAGAGGAGGGGCAAAGAAAAAUUCUGGAAGCACCGUGGGAGUGUCGGGGCAAGGUUGAGUUUGGUGUGGUGGUGGCAGAGAGCGAGUGGGAAAGAUGGGUAGUGUUGCUAGGGUGGGAACCGUUGGUGGGGCUGGAUAGAGGAGGAGUGGUGGCUGCUUUUCCAGAGGCUAGGGUGUUACCAUGGAAGGCGAAUAGGUGGUAUAAAGAGGAGUCUGUUUUAGUGUUUGCUGAUAGCGGGAGAAAGGAAGUGAAAGCAGAUGACGGGUUUUAUUUGGUUACUCUUGACAGCGCUGGUGGUGAAUUUAAGGUUGAAAGGGGUUCGGCGUUGAAGGACAGGAAUGUGGUGGAGAGUUUAGGGACUGUGGUGGUGGUUGUUAGGCCACCAAAGGAAGAGACGGAUGAUCAAAUGAAUGAUGAGGAUUGGGAGCGAAAUCAUAGUGAGUUAGCGACUCCAUUUUACUUUUGA